UGUUUGCUCUCUUUCAUUUAUUUUGCUUGGUUUACUAAAACGGUAUAGCAGUAAGAUAUUGAAGUAAGAAAUUUAAAAAAAAAAGUUAGAACCAGUUAUUUAAAAUAGGGUACAAUAAGAACAUUGAAUCGUAACAAUUUAUAGAAUAAGUAAUGAGCGUUUUUGCAUUAAAUACCGCAAUAGAACGCUCAGUUACAAAAUUAUGUUUGUUAAUUCAUUGUGCAUGGCAUGGCGUUUAAAUCAUUUUAUUUAAAAUUCAAUUAGUAUUCAAAGGUUGAUAUAUUUCCGAUAUUGUUGGUCUUUUGCGGAGCAGCUAACCGAGCGCAUGCAUCACUCAAAGCAUUAUACAAGGACCAAGGAGUUGAGAUGUUCUCGAUGGUAGUAUUUUUUGGUACAUAAAUUCAAAAUAUUUCUCCCAGCGUAUCCAAUCUUGCGUGCCAUCUGUUCCCUCAUAUAAUGCGUAAAUGUGAAUAUAAUUCACCAACUCAGCGAGCAGGUUUUAUCUCCGAGAGACUUACCUAUUGCUCAACUCACAACGAUCGCGAACAUGCCCUCUCACGGGCUUUGUAAAUAUCAACGGAAAUUCUCGAUGCAGCACGCUUCAAUGACAUACGAGUAGAGCGGUCUCUGCAUGCGGUAACUUCACCGUCUACGUGCUAAAUAUAGCAUCCCCCGAAAGGCACCGCCGCCCGGUGAAGUGCGUCGGUAUGCGUACAACAGCAGACGGCCAGUGUGAGAAAAUCCGCCUAACAGGCAGCAGCAGGAAAAUUUUUCUCCUUCCCGCGAGGCUGUUCCUCCUGUUAUCCAGAGAAGCAAUUAUUUGCACUAGUGGAUCGGAUCGAACCAGUUGAAAACUAUAAGCACCAAAAAUGGAUCCGGAGGCAUUCCUGGAUAUCGCCAACCAGGUGAUAAAACUGAAAAUGUUUCCGUAUUUCGAUAUAGCGCACAGUCUGUUGUGCGCACUAUCGGUCAAGGAGGACCUCGGAGCAGGAGCGCAAGCUUUUUCCCGUAAGCAUCCGCUCGCCUGUUGGCUGUCGACGAUGCUGGUGGUGUUUGCCGGUGGCAUGGUCGCCAAUGGCUUGCUCGGGGAACCAAUUCUGUCUCCGCUGAAGAACACCCCGCAGCUGCUGGUAGCCACGGCGUGCUGGUACAUCGUUUUCUACACUCCAUUCGACGUUGGGUACAAAGUUGCCAAGUUUCUUCCCGUGAAGCUAGUCGCUAGUGCCAUGAAGGAAAUCUAUCGUGCUAAGAAGAUUCACGAUGGCGUAUCGCAUGCUGCCAAGCUGUAUCCGAAUGCUUUCAUCAUUAUGAUUAUUAUUGGAACGCUAAAGGGUAAUGGAGCGGGUUUCACUAAGUUGCUAGAACGACUAAUCCGCGGUGUUUGGACUCCUACCGCUAUGGAGUUUUUGCAGCCAAGCUUCUACACCAAAGCCUCACUGAUUGCCUCCAUCAUCUUCGUGCUGGACAAAAAGACCGAUUUGAUUUCGGCUCCGCAUGCUUUGGUGUACUUCGGCAUCGUAAUCUUCCUGGUGUACUUCAAGCUGUCCUCGAUUCUGCUGGGCAUUCACGAUCCUUUCGUGCCGUUCGAAAAUCUAAGCUGUGCGCUUUUCUUCGGAGGCAUUUGGGAUAGCUUGGCGAAGAUUCUAGGCCGUGGACAAGCCAAGGAAGAAUCUAAAGAUGCGAAAAAAACUAACUAGACAGUCGAAGUCGCCCUGCCCCGGUGGUAGCGGUUAUACGAGUUUUUUUUUCUUCUAAAGCUACGUUUAAGUUGCGCGAUUUUUUUUAUCUCUUUUGAACAGCUAUUUUAUACACAGAUCGAUGCACUUUCGUUUGAACAACACAACGAAUAGAUGUAAGAGCAGUGAAACUACGUAACGUUAGCCAAAACUAUUGUUGAGAUUGAGGCAUUCUAGUCAGACUGGACGUACGAUAAGACGAACAUGAACGAAAAGCGACACAAUUUUACUACGCAGACUUUUGGCUAUCAUUCUUGCCAAAAGAGACCUGAUUUCCAACGCAGAACGCACAAACAAUGAAAAGCAACUAAAAGACGAAAGCACAAUCCAAUCACAGUGGGUGAGAUUUGAUUGUCCUUUAUCUACCACAGUCUCUGCAAUAAUCGCAGAAAUAAUAUCUGCCGAAACCAUUUUAGAUCAUCAAAACAAGUGAGUAGUAUUAAGAUAUGACCUCUUCAGAGGUUGCAAUUGGGAUUCGAGUAAAUACACAAAUGAUUCAAACAA